UUUCAUCAGCAACAACAGUUAGUCAAACACCUCGGUAGCUUGAUAGACAAAAUAGCCGAACCAAUAUAGCUCUUUAGACACUUUAGUGUAUAUUAGCCACUGUGUUUUAAACCCUACUUCUGUGGUCUAGUUAGUUAUCCGAUUUAAUUCUAUAUUAAUGGUGUUGUUGUUAUUAGUCAGCUAGCGGGCUGGUUAAGUUAGCAUUAGCCUAGCUAGCUAACAUAUCCGACCAUGCUGUCACUAAGCUACUCUCCUUCUAAUGAAGAGAAGGAUAUUACAGUAAAUCAAGAAGUAGAGAGUGGGGCCUUUACUGUGAAAGAAGAGGAGGACGCGUUCAGAGUGAAAGACGAGGAAGAUAUCACAGUAAAACAAGAAGUAGAGAGUGGAGUGAAAGAGGAGGAUGUAGUUUAUGGCGUGAAAGAGGAGGGGGAGGAGAUUACUUUUACAUCGAAAAAGGAGGAAGAGGAGGAACCUGGAUAUCUGGGCCCGGUUUCCCAAACGCAUCUUAAGGCAUCCAAUGGUUCUAACGAAGAAUUUGGCCAUAAGAUGGUUUUGAGAAACCAUUCCCUGAUUAACACUGGAGAGAUACGGGACUAUCGUGGAUCCUCUGGGGAGCCUCAACAACCUCAUGAUGCUGAAGAGGGAGAGAAGGGUCUCUCCAGAUCAGAACACCUCAAUAAACACCUGCAGAGACCCACAGUGAAGAGAACUCACUGCUGCUCUGACUGUGGGAAGAGAUUCACCUCAUCAGGCAUUACAAUUCAUCAGAGAAUACACACAGGAGAGAAAUCUUACAGCUGUGAUCAAUGUGGGAAGAGUUUUGUUCAAUCUGACCAGCUGACACGACACCAGAGAACACACACAGGAGAGAAACCCUAUAGCUGUGAUCAAUGUGGGAAGAGUUUUACAACAUCUGGCUCUCUGACUCAGCACCUGAGAACACACACAGGAGAGAAACCCUAUAGCUGUGAUCAAUGUGGGAAGAGGUUUGGUCGAUCUUGCCAGCUGACAGUUCACCAGAGAACACACACAGGAGAGAAACCUUAUAGCUGUGAUCAAUGUGGGAAGAGUUUUGGUCGAUCUGGAGAGCUGACAGUUCACCAGAGAACACACACAGGAGAGAAACCUUUCAGCUGUGGUCAAUGUGGGAGGAGUUUUAGUCAAUCUGGAGAUCUGAGAGUGCACAAGAGAACACACACAAGAGAGAAACAUAUCUGUGAUCAUUGUGGGAAGAGUUUUGCUACAUCUGGCCACCUGACUCUACACCAGAGAACACACACAGGAGAGAAACCUUAUCGCUGUGGUCAAUGUGGGAAGAGUUUUGGUCAAUCUGGCCAUCUGACUCUACACCAGAGAACACACAGGAUUGAAAUAUCAUAGCUGUGACCAGAGAUCAUCUGAUAAAAGAUCUCUGAUCAAAUAUUAGUUAAUACAUACAUGAAGGAGUUGUUACAUGAUUUCAGUGAGUUAAUGUCACAAUGUAGAAUGUUUUUUUACAUUGUAGGAGGAGAAUUGUAAUGAUUUCACAAUGUAGAAGCCUAAACAUUUGCCCCCUUAUGAAUUGAUUUCAACAUGUUAUGGAUAUUAGCCUCAUGGGGAAAAUCCAGCCUCUGAAAUGGAAGAGUACUAUAUCGGAUCAAAUCAAAUGUAUUUAUAUAGCCCUUCUUACAUCAGCUGAUAUCUCAAAGUGCUGUACAGAAACCCAGCCUAAAACCCCAAACAGCAAGCAAUGCAGGUGUAGAAGCACGGUGGCUAGUAUAAACUCCCUAGGAAGGCCAAAAUCUAGGAAGAAACCUCGAGAGGAUCCAGUCUAUGAAGGGUGGCCAGCCCUCUUCUGGCUGUACCGGGUGGAGAUUAUAACAGAACAUGGCCAAGAUGUUCAAAUGUUCAUAAAUGGUCAAAUCAUAAUAAUCACAGUAGUUGUCGAGGGUGCAACAGAUCAACACCUCAGGAGUAAAUGUCAGUUGGCUUUUCAUAGCCGAUCAUUAAGAGUAUCUCUUCCGUUCCUGCUGUCUCUAGAGAGUUGUAAACAGCAGGUUUGGGACAGGUAGCACAUCCGGUGAACAGGUCAGGGUUCCAUAGCCGCAGGCAGAACAGUUGAAACUGGAGCAGCAACACGGCCAGGUGGACUGGGGACAGCAAGGAGUCAUCGUGCCAGGUAGUCCUGAGGCCUGGUCCUAGGGCUCAGGUCCUCAGAGAGUGAGAAAGAAAGAAUUAGAGAGAGCAUACUUAAACUCACACAGGACACCGGAUAAGACAGGAAAAGUACUCCAGAUAUAUCAAAC